CCUGGACUUCACUCUGCUCCUGGGGAUUUGCCUUUCCCACCAGAGCACCAACAGGUCAAAACAUAUUGAUAAAGCAAGACUUCCUGCUGAUCUCGCUUCAUCAACUCCAGCCCUCUGCUCUGGAGGUUCUGAGUCCUGUGCCCAGGAACCCAACGGGAACCAGAGGAGAAAGACGAACUCGCCCCGCCUCCCGGGAAGAUGCAGAGCCUCAGGCCUGAGCAGAUUCGGGGGCUGCUGGAGCCCGAGAGGGCCAAGACGCUGCUGCCUCGGGAGAGCAGGGCCUGGGAGAAACGUGCCACCCCCACCAAAGACUGGGUGGCUGUGGAGGUCGGGGCCACCGGCUGUGAUGGUGACGAGAAAGGUCUGUCCUCUCAAGAGACCGGGCUGGCCCAGGAGUGGACCUCGGCGGAUGUAGAUGACGGGUCAGAGGACUCGCAGGGCUUUGUGGAGUGGUCAAAAGCUCCACAACAAACGACCAUAGUCUUGGUAGUGUGUGUCCUGUUUUUGUUCCUGGUUUUAACAGGGAUGCCUAUGAUGUUUCACAUUUAA